AGAACGAGCACAGACCGACGGUGAAGACAUAAAAAAGCUAAUUUCUGAAUUGCUGUGAGGAUUCUGAUCACAUUUUCCUCUCGGAGCAGCCGGUUUGGCUAGUUAUACGAAACUCUCUGUGUGUAUAUUGGAUUUCUUAUUCCGUGAUCCGUGUGCAUGGAGUUACGUGCAUCGGAGGAUAUCAGUCUUGAAAUUGGGCAAUUGGAAAAUUCUCAUUCGUCUCGUUGGUUCGAGCAAGGAAGCCGCCAUGGCUGGUGCUACUGGAUCAUUGAGUCUCCACCUCAGUAUAUGAAAAAUACUGCAUGGUUGUGAUGAAAAAACACUCUGUUUGAUGGCAUAUUAGACACCGGCUGUGUUCUUUGUGUAAAUCUCUGUUUCGGUCAGAGAGAGAAAGAGCGUUUUUUUCCGAGGGAAACUGGGAAAAGGCCAAUUUCAUGACCACUUUGAUUGAACAGAUGUAUUUCAGUUGUCAUCACUAAAAAUAAUACGAAUAGUCAUAGAGAAACGACCAAGAGAAAAAUGAUCUGAAAGCGAGACUGUCGGUGGACAGGAGAAGAAAGUUGUCUAAAGAAAACGACCGAGAAGGGACCCCGGAUAGCAGACUUGCUUCCCCCUAUUUUCCUCAUUAUUUCAGUCGGAGAUAAACUGGUUCCGGUGGGUCGAAACGGAUUCGUUCACAAGGCAAAUACACGCAUUAAACUGUGAGAGACGAGGGGGAUAUCGGAUUGGAAAAUGUCCGGUCGGCCUAGAACCACCUCCUUUGCAGAAAGCUGCAAGCCAGUGCCGCAGCCGUCGGCUUUUGGCAGCAUGAAAGUCAGCAGAGAUAAAGAUGGCAGUAAAGUGACAACAGUAGUGGCAACUCCUGGACAAGGACCUGACCGGCCACAGGAGGUCAGCUACACUGACACUAAGGUCAUCGGGAACGGCUCUUUUGGCGUGGUCUAUCAGGCCAAGCUCUGCGACUCAGGAGAACUUGUGGCCAUUAAGAAGGUCCUUCAAGACAAGCGAUUUAAGAACCGUGAGCUUCAGAUCAUGAGGAAACUGGACCAUUGCAACAUAGUGCGUCUGCGUUACUUCUUCUACUCAAGUGGAGAUAAGAAAGAUGAGGUGUAUCUGAAUUUGGUUCUGGACUACGUUCCUGAGACUGUGUACAGAGUGGCAAGACACUACAGCCGUGCUAAGCAGACCCUUCCCAUGGUUUAUGUAAAGUUGUACAUGUACCAGCUCUUCAGGAGUCUGGCCUAUAUCCAUUCUUUCGGGAUUUGCCAUCGGGACAUUAAACCCCAGAACCUUUUGCUGGACCCAGAGACGGCUGUGCUCAAGCUCUGUGACUUUGGCAGUGCUAAGCAGUUAGUACGUGGAGAGCCCAAUGUUUCCUACAUAUGCUCACGGUACUACAGAGCACCCGAGCUCAUCUUUGGAGCAACCGACUACACCUCCAGCAUUGAUGUGUGGUCAGCUGGCUGUGUGCUUGCGGAACUGUUGCUAGGACAACCAAUUUUCCCCGGCGACAGCGGAGUGGAUCAGCUGGUGGAAAUCAUCAAGGUGCUGGGCACUCCCACUCGUGAGCAGAUACGGGAAAUGAACCCAAACUACACUGAGUUCAAAUUCCCGCAGAUUAAGGCCCACCCAUGGACUAAGGUGAGUAAACAGGUGUUCCGGCCCCGUACGCCUCCUGAAGCCAUUGCGUUGUGCUCCCGGCUGUUGGAGUACACACCGACUGCUAGACUGACCCCACUAGAGGCCUGCGCUCAUUCCUUCUUUGAUGAACUGCGGGAUCCAAAUGUCAAACUUCCUAAUGGACGUGAGAAACCAUCCCUGUUCAACUUCACAACUCAAGAGCUGUCCAGUAACCCCUCCCUGGCCUCUAUCCUAAUUCCUGCUCAUGCACGUAACCAGGCAGGAGCUUCAACUCCCACCAACGCCUCUGCCACUUCAGAUGCCAAUAGUGGAGAUCGUGGUCAGACCACAAUUGCAGCCUCUGCUUCCGCCUCCAACACCUCCACCUGAGUGCCCCAGCCAAUCAGACCUGAGCCACCAUCAGAGGCCACGCCCACCCCCACUGCUCACCAACUUAAUGGGCAGGAUAUGAAACAUGUAACCACCACGCCUAUUCAGACUGCAAGAGCCAAUCUUCAUUUACGUCUUUUAUUAUGAAGUUCCGAAAGGGUUCCAAAUUAUACACGGAAAAGCCUCGUCUAGUGUAAUCAGUGGAGAGUGACAGGGAAAGAGAGAGCGCUGAGAAAUUGGGUGGGGGGGAUGGGGGUGUUGGUCAAACCAUAAAACCUGGUCUGUGACCAGCUGUAAUGUUGUUCAUUCUCAGAGGACAGUCUUGUUAUCUAAGCAAUCUGGUAGCCAGAUCCAUCCACUUCCGUUUCAUUUAUUUACACUCCCUCUAUCUCCCGUUUCAUCUGUUUUGGGGUCUCUCAUAGCGCAUGGCUUGAAUUUGGUUCGGAGCACCCUAUAUACACUUAAUUUAUAUAUAUAUAAUGCAUAAAUGUAUUGGGUGAAAAUUAUGCAGGUUACAAAAUGAGGAAAUAAUGUAACACAAAUCUUAAUUCUAUCCUAAUUGUAUCUGUUUAAAACAAGGUUAUCACACAAGUGUUAUAAUGUUAAACGCUACACAAAAGCGCAUGUUCCAACAAAAAAGCCAACGGAGAAAACGGCAUGAUGUUUUAAGAGUUUUAAAGGCUUUCAAGCUAAUCCUGUUUUUAUUUUGUUUUAUAAUGAAAGGCAGGACUUUAUGGGCGGCGUAGGACUAGGACAGGCAUUUUGAUUGACAGGUGAGGUGUGUUCAACAUGUCUCCAUCUCUGUGUUCUUGUAUGAUAUAUACAUACAGUUUAUAUAUUA